AUGCUGUCGCCAUGUUCUGUAUCCCUUGGCGACGUGUAAAUUUCAAAGCACUGUAUUUGUUGGAGCUGUAUCCUGUCACAGCAUACAACUGAAAUAAUGGCGAAAACUUAUGAUGGACCGAGUUUGGACCUGGAAUAUGUCGUGGGAUACAGUGGAAUUACAAAUGGCCUCAAGGUUCAUCCCGACAGACACCAUUUGAUCUACUCGCUUGGGAACACAGUCAUCAUUGAAAACAUCGAAACCAAAAAACAGCAAACUCUUAUGGGACAUUCGGCCGAUGUAUCCUGUCUGACAGUUUCCAACUCGGGGAAAUACAUUGCCUCUGGCCAAGUCAUUCAUAUGGGUUUCACAGCUGAUAUAAUCAUAUGGGACUAUGAACAGAAGGCAAUCUAUGCACGCCUACAACUGCACAAGGUCAAAAUUGAAGCUCUGGUAUUCUCCCCAAAAGACAGCUACCUUCUUUCUUUAGGAGGACAAGAUGAUGGCUCAUUGGUGGUAUGGGAUGUCGCAACCAAAAAUGCAAUCUGCGGCUCCAAGGCUCAGAGUGAAAGUGCUGGAAACACAUUGUGUCUGGCUUACCAUGAAACAGACGAAUUGAAAUUCUUCAGUGGCGGAGAUCAGACACUAAGAGUUUGGGAACUGAAUGUAGAUAACAGGAAAAUUAAGCCACAAGACGUCAGGAUGGGACAACAUGUCCGAAUGAGCAAGUGUAUACAGAUGAAAGGUAACUACCUUCUGUGUGGUACCUACACAGGAGACAUACUCGGCAUAAACGUAGAUACAAACCGCUUCCAGUUUCUCGGUCCUAAAGGGGGACACAACUCUAAAAAAGCAGAAAACUUUCAAUGCGGAGUUACUGCCCUUGCACACUUGCCAGGCAAUCAAGAGAUGUUGGUAGGAUCUGGAAAUGGAGAAGUUGCUUUAGUGACAUACCGUCUUGUUAACGAAAAGAAAAGCGAAUGGGUAUUUGAGAAGAAAAGGUCAUGGUUCGACAAAAAUUGUAAAGGAGAAAAGGUCGCUGUGGCAGCCAUUGCAUUGAGAGGUGAUGGUCAUCAGUUUUACGUCGGAAUGUCCAACUCUCAGAUCUACAGGUUUACCUAUACGGACUUUGCAUGUGAACUUGUCAAAUCCUCCCACCACGGUCCAGUCACGGAUAUUGUUUUCCCAUCAAGAUCAAAUGAACUGUUUGUGACGUCCCAGUUGGGACAGAUCCGAUUCUGGCUGCUGAAGACCGGCCAGGAACUCCUGAGGCAGACGGUGGCUAAUAUAACUUGUACCUCUGUGGCGCUGACAGAAGAUGGCAGCAAGAUCUACACUGCAUGGAAUGACGGAAAGAUCCGAGGUUAUGGUUUUGUGAAAGGAAAGGGUGGCGCCGCCCUGAAACUUAUGUUUACGAUACAUGACGCCCACAGCAACGGCGUGACAGCUCUGACGUGUACACCGGAUGGUCACUGCAUACUCAGUGGAGGCGGCGAGGGACAAGUCCGCGUAUGGUCAAUCAGCCAUGACUUCUGCACAACCAGUUUGGAGCACAACAUGAUGGAGCACAAAGGAUCGGUCUCCGACAUCAGGAUUAGCAAGAAUGGCAAAAGCUGUGUGUCAUCCAGCCAUGAUGGAACAACCAUCAUCUGGGACCUAGAAAAGAAGCGCCGUUCCCAGAUUGUGUUUGCAAACACAUUGUUUAAGUGCGUGUGCUUUAACAAAGAGGAAAACCAGAUCAUGACUAGCGGUACGGACAGGAAGUUAGUCUACUGGGACGUCUCGUCAGGUUCACAGGUUCGUGAACUUGACGGAUCAGCGAGUGGCUCCAUCAAUGCUAUGGAUAUUACAGCAGACGGCAAUGUCGUCGCUACUGGAGGGGACGACAAAAUUCUCAAGUUAUGGGAUUACAAAAGAGCGGAAAUAAUAUCGGUGGGGAUUGGACACAGCGGAAACAUCACGAAGAUCAAGGUUUCACCUGGAAACACCCACAUCGUUAGUGUCAGUGAGGAUGGCGCUAUCCUUGUCUGGAAAUUUCCCCAGUACCUUGUCUAGAAUCGAACACCUAGCAAUCUCAAGUGCUUGACACAAAUGAAACUUACAGAAGCUAGCCUUUAAAACUCAAGGAAGGAAGCACAAAUCGAGAUCCGUUGACAUCACAGGGGAGAAUAUAUUUAUAUUGUCAGACUCAAUUUUAAUCAGUCACAAAUAACACUCUUGACAAGUCUUGGCUUUUGAAAUGCCAUACACACUUACUGCCCAAACUGUUACUUAAAUUUGUGAGCAACAAUUAUGACAGAAGUGGAAUCCCUUCUGAUGGACCGUAUGUUGAGUUUGCUACUUAUAGCUCAGCAUUAUCCAAACAUAUUAAGAUAAAUAUAAAAUGAAAGAACAAAACUACUACAUAUUAUAUAUAUAUGGACUUCAGCUUUCAAAAUGACUUUUGACAUUUUAAAAUGACUUUUAUGUACGUAACAUUAUGUGACUACUUUGAAACUUUCUGCUCAUAGACAAUUUCUCGGAGUUUAGUUAAGAAGAUGACCCGAUAGGACCAUGUUUUUCGUUAACAAAUACAUAUGCUGCAAAAUCACAUAUUUUUUGUUACCAUUAGUCUCAAUGUACAUUUUGUAUAUUAUCAUUAUAUAUUACUUGUUUCAAUUUUCACCAACAAGAAGUCAAUUGAAUGGAAAAAUCACCAAGAUUUAUGUAGAGUAAUGAAAGAAUUAGGGAAAAUAUGUUGCCUUAACUUGACAUAUUAGGCCAAACAAAAAUUUGUAUAGUUUCUCAGGCCAAAGUUUGCAACAACUAAUAGCAAUAUGGAUAUUUAAAAAACAACCCAAAUAAUGAAGUGCAUGUCCCUACAUGAAAAAUGAUGGACAAGUUUAAAAAUGUUGGCAAAUAAUUUGGUAUAUGAUGUUCCAAGGUAGAAUGUUCUUCCACCCAAAGGUAGUUUGCAAGUUGGCAAAAAUCGUCUGCCUUUUUCUUUUAUUCUGCAACCUUUUUGGUUGCAGUUAAUGGUGAUCCGUCCAAAAUUUUUGUGAUAACAGUUUAUUUAUAUUUUAUACACAAUGUCAUGUAUAUUUUGCCAAAUGUACAUUAAAACUUAUCAUGAUU